AGUCAGGAUCAGAAAGACACAUCCCUUCAUUGCUGCUGUCUAAAAUCCAUGCCCAAGCGAGUGUCUCCAUAGAGCUAAUUUCUGAAACAAACAAAGAAAAUGAAGUCUGCGAGGAGCGAGGGUUUGCUCCCCUCUGCUCCGGAUUUGGGUGUCCAGGGUAGCGGGCGCGGCACGGCAAACAGGUCGGGGCGCUCAGCUUCACCCCAACCUUCUCCGCCCCGCCAGCCCCUGCUCCAGCUGCGCCAGAAAGUGCGAGCCUGCCCGCUCCUUUCGCUUUUCGCCCGCUGCACCCCAAGCCCCAGAACACCCGCGUCCGCACACUAAGGGCACCACUGCUCUCCCACCUCUGCGCUGUCAGAUGUCAGGCGCGGAGGUGCUCUGGGGACCGAGGUGCUGGCGAACCAAACAAGUGUCACCCCGGACGCCUGCCCCCACUCCGAGAGAGCGGGCGGGACGGCCACAGGCUUGAUUGAACAUGUCAGUGACAGGGGCACCAGCUGCACAACCCUAGGAGCCACCAAACACCGUGUAUUCUAUAUAAAUGUUGCUGCCAGGAGCCCCAGUUCAAACUACAAUGGAAAUAUAAUCAUUUGAAAAUACAAGACAAAUAACAAAAGAUCAACAGAGUGCUUAGCAAUACCCUGAGAGAUGGUUGGUGCCAUGUGGAAGGUGAUUGUUUCGCUGGUCCUGUUGAUGCCUGGCCCCUGUGAUGGGCUAUUUCGCUCCCUAUACAGAAGUGUUUACAUGCCGCCUAAGGCAGACGCAGGACAGCCAUUAUUUCUCACCCCUUACAUUGAAGCUGGGAAGAUCCAAGAAGGAAGAGAAUUGAGUUUGGUUAGUCCUUUCCCAGGACUGAACGUGAAGAGUUACACUGGCUUCCUCACCGUGAAUAAGACUUACAACAGCAACCUCUUCUUGUGGUUCUUCCCGGCUCAGAUACAGCCAGAAGAUGCCCCAGUAGUUCUCUGGCUACAGGGUGGGCCGGGAGGUUCAUCCAUGUUUGGACUCUUUGUGGAACAUGGGCCUUAUGUUGUCACAAGUAACAUGACCUUGCGUGACAGAGACUUCCCCUGGACCACAACGCUCUCCAUGCUUUACAUUGACAAUCCAGUGGGCACAGGCUUCAGUUUUACUGAUGAUACCCACGGAUAUGCAGUCAGUGAGGAUGAUGUAGCACGGGAUUUAUACAGUGCACUAAUUCAGUUUUUCCAGAUAUUUCCUGAAUAUAAAAAUAAUGACUUUUAUGUCACUGGGGAGUCUUAUGCAGGGAAAUACGUGCCAGCCAUUGCACACCUCAUCCAUUCCCUCAACCCUGUGAGAGAGGUGAAGAUCAACCUGAAAGGAAUUGCUAUCGGAGAUGGAUAUUCUGAUCCCGAAUCAAUUAUAGGGGGCUAUGCAGAAUUCCUGUACCAAAUUGGCUUGUUGGAUGAGAAGCAAAAAAAGUACUUCCAGAAGCAGUGCCACGAAUGCAUAGAACACAUCAGGAAGCAGAACUGGUUUCAGGCCUUUGAAAUACUGGAUAAACUACUAGAUGGCGACUUAACAAGUGAUCCUUCUUACUUCCAGAAUGUUACAGGAUGUAGUAAUUACUAUAACUUUUUGCGGUGCACGGAACCUGAGGAUCAGCUUUACUAUGUGAAAUUUUUGUCACUCCCAGAGGUGAGACAAGCCAUCCAUGUGGGAAAUCGGACUUUUAAUGAUGGAACUAUAGUUGGAAAGUACUUGCGAGAAGAUACAGUACAGUCAGUUAAGCCAUGGUUAACUGAAAUCAUGAAUAAUUAUAAGGUUCUGAUCUACAAUGGCCAACUGGACAUCAUCGUGGCAGCUGCCCUGACAGAGCGCUCCUUGAUGGGCAUGGACUGGAAAGGAUCCCAGGAAUACAAGAAGGCAGAAAAAAAAGUUUGGAAGAUCUUUAAAUCUGACAGUGAAGUGGCUGGUUACAUCCGGCAAGUGGGUGACUUCCAUCAGGAAGAGCACCUGACUUCAAGUCAACAAGACUUAGCGUGCCACUGUUCUGUGUGGUGGAGAUAUAGCAAUGAGCAAGAUUGAAGACCCUUCCUCAAAGACAGUGCAUUCCCAUGAGACGACUGGAAUAUUCCUCUGUUGGUUACAAGCUGAGACCUGCCAGCAAUAACAAACUGAUGGUUCCCGCUACAUUAUGCCCAAGAAAAGGAUUCUGGUAGAAGAGAUGUAAUUCAAAUUAGAUAUGCUAAGAUGAAAUCUUCUCAACUCUCUUCAUCUGUGGAUAAACAAACCAAAAGCGAAUGUAUAAUUCUGAAAAAUACUCCAUAUUGUUUUCUUCUUAAUAACUCAACUACUUAAGCCAGUGGUUGAGGAGUUGAAAAAAUAUAAAAUUUCAACCUCUGCUUUUCACAGUUAGAAAAAAGCUGAUUUAAUAGCUUAGAACUCCAACAACUGUUGGCCAAAUCCCACAUGAAGCUGUGCAGUGAUUCUUAAGUGGCUUUUUAAAAGACUCUCUCAUUUAUAAUGAAAAUAUAAACUAAAAUCCAGACUGCCAUAUGUAAUCUUUUCCCAGAGAGAAAAGCUUGCUCCAAAUUUGUUGACAGCUAAAGAGAAAGCCAGUGAGACUCCCAGCAGUAAAACUGGGCCAGGAUGAAAGAGGUGGAACUGAAUCCUUUGACCAAAAUUCAGAUGGAGACCUAUGUGUUUUCUGGGAUUUCUAUGAACCUGAACACAGGGAAUACGUACCAGCAACAGGUAAAACGAAUUUACGAUCAUGUCAAACCUGGAGCUUCUAACAGUUCAGUCUUGCACUUCACAACUUGCAUGUGGAAUUCCAGUGAAAAGAAAAGUAAUAUGCAUUAAGAAAUCUCCAAUGUGCCAUUGAGGAUUUAGGGAUGAAAUUUCCAUGUUUUUCCUGUUUUGAUAGUUUUAAAAACCAGUUUUUGUUAACGGUGUAUCUGAGCCAGCUGUGAACUUCCCUGUGAAUGUGGCUAUCUAGAAAAUUAGCAAAUCAGUUACCAUUUAUCUUAGGUAAUGCUGUUUCAUGUAGUAAAUGAUCAGUACAAACUAUUUUUGUUCAACAUUACAGUGAAUAUAAAUGUUAUAUAUAAUCAAUAUAAAAUAUAAGUACUAAAACCUUUUCCUUUACAUGCCUUCUUUCUUUUUUCCACUGAGUACUUGGAAAAACAACCCUUGCACAUCUUCUAGGAUUCAGCCCCAUGAACAGAAAAUAUGAUUUAACAGCACUUAAGCUUCUUAGAGUUAAAUGGAUCUGGCUAUUGAUUGCUUACCAGCAUUAGGUGGGUUAUUAGAAAUGUAUCCUGUUAAUUUGGCUGACAAUGGGAUUGACAGUAUAACAGCAUUACCACCAAAAGCAGCUUUGGUUUUAAUCUCUAGAACUUUUGUACCAAAGCAGCUUGGAUUUGCCAGGGAUUUGUGUUUUAAAGGGAUUACGUUAAAGAUUAUUAAAGUUGAACCCUCAAGGAACAAGGCUGGAUAUUCAUGCUAGAAAUGCAACUCCGUAUCUCUACUGGCCAAGUCACUUCUGAAUGUUUGAGGAUUCCUGUCACACUCUAAGUUGCUAUGAAAGUGUAGACUGGCUAAAUAAAAAUCUUCCUUAGGAAAAGGCUGAUUGGGAGUUGGCAAGGCAACUAUAAACAGGACCCAGGCUUUCACAUUUUAGAACAUGCGACCAGUCUAAGAGCUGGAAAUGGAAUGGCAGAAUCAUCUGAAUACCUAAAAGUUAAGAAAAUAGCAAAAGUGCACUUCAUUAAUUAAAGAAGAUAAAAUCAAGAAACAGAGUUGGGGGGUGGAGCUAGCAAAGAGCUAAAGAGGCCUUCAUCCUGCGGGUCAGUGGAAGCAGUGUCAGAUGGGUGAGAUGGCCUGAGGCAGCCUCAUGGGGCUGAGGGCAUUGAACAGGUCCAGGCAGCCCUCCAACCCCGAGCUGGACCAAAGGGACUGGCUGCACAGGCUGAAUAAGAGGCACUGCCCACAAAAUUAAAAUAUUUCAUAAUUAAGAAAAAAGCAUUUCUAAAGCACAGUGCCCCAUGAAAGGAAUUUGGAAAAAGCCCAAUAAUAAAACAAACUGGACGUCUAUUUGAGCUACUAUCCUAUGUGGAAGUGCUGGCUGUGUCAUGAGCUCCUUCCUCAAGAGAAAACCUAAGACCUAUGCAGGGCUCUUCCUAGACUGCCAGUAGGAUGACACAUUCAGGUGACAUGAAUCACCAACCCCCCUCCCAACAUGACACAUUUACAUAUUCAGAAGAUGACAAAAUAUCAAGCUCUGAGUGCUUGCAAUUCAUUUGGAAGAGAUAAGGCUAGGACAUACCCGAACAAUACUUCAAAAUACUUAUCAAGCAAUAAAUAACCAGCUGCAGUUGAAUGCUCUCUAGAUUCCACAGUCUAGUUUAAUCCUAUUUCAGCCAUUUAGAUUCCUGCAUAAGAGCUCUGGCUCAUAUAAUUCCAAGUGGGGUAAGACACAAAAAUUUCCAAAUAUAUGCCUUGAUAAUACUUUCCUGAAAUGGAAAUGUACUUACUACUCUUACUGAUUAAAACAGCAGAUUGAGAGCAGUCUAAAUAUCCAUUAUUGGGUCUUCUCAUAUAAACAUGAUGUAUUCCUGUUUUUUUUUUUUUUUUUUUUUUUUUUUUAACUAGAGAAUGAGGAAGCUCGCUGUGGACUGAUAUGGAAGAAACUAUGUAUCAUUCAGUGCUCAAACACAAAAGUAGAAACCACCCUAUAUAUCUCAAGCAGAGUAGCAUGGAACACAGGAAAUUGGUUAAAAACUGCUGGAAGGACUGAGGAGCAACAAAAGAAGGGGCUCUUACCCAAAGAGGUUGGGAAGCUGCCACUGUCCCUUGGCUGAAUCCUGUCGGGGAUACUCAGUGUUGAUCUUGCUGAAACUAUCCCCGGAUUGCUGGAGCCCAGAGCACAGGCAGUCCAGGCCAGCUGGGAAAAAUGGCUAAUCUUCUCCUCCCACACUAGAACCUAGCACCAGCGCCUCCCAUGAAAACAGCUGCAUGAGUGAGUCUGGGAAAGAAGAUGGAGGAUUAUCCAGAAGAGUGGACUUGGACUUAAGAGUCAAGAGACACAAUCCAGCACAUCCACCCUUUUGCUACUUAGCAUCCACACAUUCCAUUGUACGCACCCUACAGCAACAUCACACUUCUUCCUCACAGAAUGCAACUGUAUUCCUCACACAGAUGAAUACAAGUUCACUCUCUCCCUAAAACAGAUAAUUCAGAGUAAAACCCUGUAAGAUAGUGGCCUCAGCCACUGUAUUCAUCUCAGGGUAAUGUUAAAUUUUUUCGUCUUUCAGUCACCACUGCACCUUUUAUAAUGGAUGUUCUAAAGGUUAAGUUGUAAAAUUAACCACCAAUACUCAGUGUUAUGCAGAGUAAACAAAGAAGAAAAUAUGUGUAGCUGCUACAGGUUUUGUUUUGGUAACUGGUAACAAAACUAGCUGACUGAUGAUGAUAAUAGUUAAAUAAUAAUUGAGAAUGAGCUUCUUCCAACGUCCAUUCCAUCUUCCUUUUACCUUCAGCCAGCACCUGAAGUUAGUUGUCUGGGGUUCUUUUCUUGGCAAGAUUAUUUAAACCCUCAUUUCUGAAGGGUCUAAGUCUUUAGUUGUCCUGCAGGUUGCAAUAUUAUUCCAGUAACUUUUACUCCUGGACAUGGAAGUGCUAAGAGGCACCCAGGAGAAUUUCCUGGGCUUCAGACAUAGUCCUCCCUGCCACCAUUGUGUGUCACGGCAACCCAAUUACUUCCUGGUAAUUCUGAUCAGUCACCCCAGCCAGAAAAGUAACCCUCUUCUUUGCCUGUCCAUUUAGUGGCAGAAGAAACUUGAAAUGGGCAGACAGAAGUAUCAAAUUCCAGCUCUGUGGAAUGUCAUUUUGUCCCCUAGAGGAAGCAUUCUCUCCUUGGAAUCAAGACCUUUAAACCAGCUGAUCUAUGUUUUGUAGAAGGAGGGCAAAUAUUCUGUGAGUGAUAUGCAGGAUGUGAUAGUGAGAGGAGCCACUCCCAUUUUUACCCCUUGACUCCCAGGGUGCUUGUCUCCCAGAGAGACACAGCACCAUUCAUUUGCUGAUUCAAAGCAUAAUCUAUUUGCAGUAAGAAAGCCACCUAGACUGCAGGCAGUUAUCUUCCAGAUGGUACCAUUUUUGAAACUUCAGUUAUCUAUUUCUAAAUUUUGUAAUGAUAACUACUUUUGGGUGCUGGGGUACAUGGUAAUCCAAUAAGUCCCAUGGGCAUGAUACCAAUGCUGUAUUACUUUUGCUGUAAAAUUAGUUCUUUGGUCACAAGCAAAGAACUUCUUUGGUCAUAAUCAUCAUGCUAUUGAAUAAGGCUCUGUGUUAAGUUCACAGAUGGUGGUACUGAUAAACCCACUGCAGACAGUGAAUGCACAGCAUAUUUAGAAAUAGUGUCCCAGCCUGGGCAACAUAGCGAGACCCUGUCUCCACAAAAAAAUUUUUUUUAAAAAAAGAGCUGGGCAUGGUGGUGAGUGCCUGUAGUCCUAGCUACUUGGGAGGCUGUGGCAGGAGGAUCACUUGAGCCCAGGAGUUCGAGGUUACAGUGAGCUAUGAUUGCACCACUGCACUCCAGCCUGGGUGACAAAGUGAGACCCUGUCUCUAUUUAAAAAGAAAGAAAGAAAAAAUAAAUAGUGCCUAUUCCAGAAGACAAAAUCAUGUCCUUCAUAAUAGAAGUUCCACGCAAUAAUCUGAUGGCUGACUGGUCCCCCUGGGGAAUGACUCCACAUCAGAGACUCAAAGAUGGUAGAGCCCCUGUCAGCAAGUUAGUCAUUUAUCAGUGACAGGAGCCAGACCAGUUUGGUGAGGGGAAGUCCACAUUGUGGAACUCAUGUCUGGCUUCUCUCCCUGCCACAGUGGCCAUGCUCUUCAUGAGCCUAUUAAGCAAGCCUCAGAGUUGCUGGGAAUGGGCUGACUGACAUCCACAGAACAGGCCAUCCUGUCAGUGGACUCCUGAGGGCCUCAUCAGUGGAUGCCCUCUAAUGAGAAUUCAUCUGCGAUAGGGCCCACAGGGAGAGGUCCAUCUGCAAACCUUUUUCCUAGACUUCCUUGUCACCAGUACGCUAAUAAAACCAUUAAUGACCCAUAAAUUGGUAUAUAUCCCUACUUCUGGCCAUCUCUCCCUCCAGACAACGUGCUCAGUGUUUGGUCCUGAGAGAGCCCCUCUUACCACGUUCCUGAUUUGGGCUGCAAUGCUUCAGCAGUCCACAUCUACCUGGUGCCUCCAAACUGCAAGGGAUCAUCUGAGAACCAGGCCCAAAUGUUUUCUUAGUCUGUCAACAGUCAAUCCUAAGAGGUCACAGAUGUGGAUCGAUGGUGAGUUAAAAUGGCAGCAAGAGUAGAUGCUAUGGGAGUCACAGCCACUUGCUCUUGAAACUUACUUGUGCCUAAAGCACCUGCUCAAACCAAAUCUGGUAUAUACUAUUUUACUACUUAUACCUGAUGAUGGAUUUCUGCCACGCAUGCCUAACCUUAUGGCUCAGAGGACUGGUGUAUUAGUUGUCUGAGUAUCCUGAGUAAUAAAUUACCCCAAAACUUCACAACAUGCAUUUAUCAUCUUACACUGUUUCUGAGGGUCAGGAAUCUGAGAACAGCACAGUUGGGGUAAUCUGGCUGAGGGUCUCUCACGAGGCUGCAGUCCAGUUGUCAGCCAGUACUGUAGUCACCUUAAAGCUUAACUAGACAUGCUGUAGCCCAAUGGUUCUCACCUUAAAGCCUCACUAGAUAUGCUGUAGCCCAGUGGUUCUCAAAUGAGGGUGAUUUUGCACCCCAGGAAAUAUUUGGCAAUGUCUGUAGACAUUUUCGGUUCUCAAAACUAUGGGGAGUGAUGCUACUAACAUCUGGUAGGUGGAGGCCAGGGAUGCUACUAAACAUCCUGCAAUGCACAGGACAGCACCACAGCAAAGAAUUGCCUGUCCCACAAAUGUCAAUAGUGCCAAGACUGAGAAACCCUGCUCUCUCAAGCCCUUUUUUGCACUGGUCCCUACACAAAACUUGCAGCUUAGUAGGUAACUCAAAACAUUGCUCUGAACAAUAGACUCUAAACGGGUGUAUGUUACCUCAAAAAUAAAAAGACCCACGGAAUAUUAUAGCUCUUCUUCAUGAUAGGUGGUACAAAGUACAGUAAUUUGUCUUUCACUUUGGAGAGGAAAUGCCAAUAUUCUCCAGACCACAAUGGACCCCUAGAAUCUUCACCAAAGCAAUAGGCCUUUGAUUUUUCUUGAGGAUCAUCUCCCACCCUCUGGCAUACAUUUGUCUUCUUAAGGCAUGUACGAUAUUUGCUCCUUGC